UUUCUUUUUUGAUACAGGUAUACAAUAACGAAGACGUGGCAUUAAAGCUCCGUAUCAGUCAUUUCUUGUGCGUUUUUUUUUUCCUUCUUGCUGCUUCUUCUGAUAAACCUCUUCGUCGUCUUCGUCUGUGUAACCAUCACGAUCAUCGCUGUAAUGAGUACAUGAUCAUCACAGCGGAACGAGAUGCUGGAGGAUCAGGUAGCGUACCUCUUGCAGAGGUACCUUGGCAAUUAUGUCAGAGGUCUCAACAAAGAGGCUCUCAAAAUCAGUGUCUGGAAAGGUGAUGUGGAGCUGAAGAAUAUGCAGCUUAAGCCUGAGGCUCUAAAUGCUUUAAAAUUGCCAGUGAAGGUUAAGGCAGGUUUUCUUGGAUCAGUGAAACUGAAGGUUCCAUGGAGUAGGCUUGGCCAAGAUCCAGUUUUGGUAUAUUUGGAUCGCAUUUUCUUAUUGGCUGAACCUGCAACUCAAGUUGAGGGAUGUAGUGAGGAUGCUGUCCAAGAAGCUAAAAAGAGCAGAAUACAGGAGAUGGAAUUGAAGAUAUGGGAGAAGUCGCAACAGUUGAAGUCUGAAAUGAAUACAUCAUGGUUGGGAUCCCUCAUCAGCACAAUAAUUGGAAAUUUGAAACUUUCAAUUUCCAAUAUUCACAUCAGAUAUGAAGAUUCGGAGAGUAAUCCAGGGCGCCCAUUUGCAGCUGGUGUUAUGUUGGACAAACUCUCAGCCAUGACGGUAGAUGAUACUGGGAAAGAGACUUUUAUUACAGGAGGUGCACUGGAUCGCAUUCAAAAGUCUGUUGAGCUUGAUCGACUUGCAGUUUAUUUUGAUUCUGAUAUUAUUCCAUGGCAUAUUAACCAAGCAUGGGAAGACUUGCUUCCUUCAGAGUGGUUUCAGGUAUUUAAAUUUGGAACUAAAGAUGGGAGGCCUGCUGAUAAUUUAUCAAGGAAACAUUCAUACAUUCUGCAACCAGUGACUGGAAAAGCAAAAUACUUCAAGCUGCAGCAGAAUGAAACUACUGAUAGCAAACAGCCUUUACAGAAGGCAGUUGUCAAUUUGGAUGAUGUUACAAUCAGCUUAUCUAAGGAUGGUUAUAAGGAUAUUAUGAAAUUAGCAGACAAUUUUGCUGCAUUUAAUCAACGUCUGAAGUAUGCCCAUUUUCGUCCACUGGUAGCAGUUAAAGUUGAUCCAAAGUCUUGGUGGAAGUAUGCUUGUAAAGCUGUAUCUGACCAGAUGAAGAAAGCGAGUGGAAAGAUGUCCUGGGAGCAAGUUUUAAGAUAUGCAAGCUUGCGGAAAAGAUAUAUCUCUCUCUAUGCUUCAUUGCUCAAAUCUGACCCCAGUCAGGUGACAAUCAGUGGCAACAAAGAGAUAGAAGAACUAGAUCGUGAACUUGAUAUUGACCUUAUACUGCAAUGGAGAAUGUUGGCUCACAAGUUUGUGGAGAAAUCGGCUGAAUUGGAUCUUAACUUGAGGAAAAAGAAAGCAGGGAAAUCUUGGUGGCCAUUUGGAGGGACCAGUGAAUCUCCUAAAGAGGGAAGUGAGGAAUUUAAUUUCACCGAGGAGGAUUGGAACCGAUUAAAUAAAAUAAUUGGGUACAAGGAAAGUGAUGAUGGGCAAUCUAUGACUAGCAAGGCAGAUGUUCUUCACACUUACCUGGUAGUUCACAUGAAUCAUAAUGCCUCAAGGCUUAUUGGGGAAGCCAAAGAGCCUGUUGCUGAAUUAUCAUGUGAGGAUCUCAGUUGCUCUGUAAAGCUUUAUCCAGAAACAAAGGUCUUUGACAUUAAGUUGGGCUCCUAUAAGUUAUCAUCGCCAAAAGGUCUCCUUGCAGAGAGUGCAACUUCCUGUGACUCGUUAGUUGGUGCCUUCUAUUAUAAACCUUUUGAUGAUAAGGUGGACUGGAGCAUGGUUGCCAAAGCUUCUCCUUGUUAUAUGACUUAUAUGAAGGACAGCAUCGAUCAAAUUGUGAAGUUCUUUGAAAGUGAUACUGCCGUAAGUCAGACCAUAGCACUAGAAACUGCAGCUGCUGUGCAGAUGACAAUUGACGAAGUGAAGCGCACUGCACAGCAACAAAUGAAUAGGGCGCUGAAGGAUCAUGCUCGGUUUUCGUUGAACUUGGAUAUUGCAGCUCCCAAGAUUACUAUUCCUACUGAUUUUUGUCCCGACAAUGUGCAUGCUACAAAGCUUUUACUUGACCUAGGAAAUUUGAUGAUUAGUACCCAGGAUGAUCGUGAACAAGAAUCAACUGAGGGGAAUAUGUACCUGCGAUUUGAUUUGGUCUUAAGUGAUGUAUCAGCAUUUUUGUUUGAUGGUAAUUAUCACUGGAGCCAAAUUUCUCUGAAUAAUUUAGCCUCUUCUACCAGCAGUGGUUUCUUCCCAAUUAUUGACAAAUGUGGCGUCAUCCUACAGCUUCAACAGAUUCGGUUAGAAACUCCAUAUUAUCCUUCAACUCGUGUUGCUGUGAGGCUUCCAUCAUUGGGCUUUCAUUUUUCACCUGCAAGGUAUCAUCGACUGAUGCAAGUGAUAAAAAUCUUUGAAGGGGAGGAUGAUGACAGUUCAGAGUUUCUUCGUCCUUGGAAUCAGGCGGACCUUGAAGGUUGGUUAUCUCUUCUGACAUGGAAGGGUGUGGGAAUUAGGGAAGCUGUUUGGCAGCGGAGAUAUUUUUGCUUAGUUGGACCUUUUCUCUAUGUACUUGAGAGUCCUGACUCAAGGUCUUACAAGCAGUAUGUAAGCCUACGAGGAAAACAGGUAUAUCAGGUUCCACCAGAAUUUGUUGGUAAUGCAGAGCGUGUUUUGGCUGUGUGUAGUCCUAAAAGGUCGAACAAUAAGAUUGUUGAGGAUACGAAUGCACUGAUUUUACGUUGUGAAUCUGAGGAUUUAAGGAAAACCUGGCAUAGCCGCUUACAGGGGGCUAUUUAUUAUGCAUCGGAUUCUGCUCCUAUAUCUGGUCUGUCCGAAACCUCAUCAGAUAAUGAGGAUACUGAAUCAGAACAUGAUAAUCAGGGUGUGACUGAGAUAGCAAUUGCUGAGAGAUUGUUUGUAACAGGUGUUCUUGAUGAAUUAAAGCUUUGCUUCAGUUAUAGUUAUCAGUCUGGUCAGAGCUUAAUCAAGGUGCUUUCAAGUGAAGAAAAGCAUUUGUUUGAAUUUCGGGCUAUAGGUGGUAAGGUAGAGCUUUCUAUCAGAGACAAUGACAUUUUCAUUGGGACUAUCUUGAAAUCUUUGGAAAUAGAAGAUUUGGUUUGCCACCGGUCCCAGCCUUGUUAUUUGGCUAGAUCGUUCAUUGGGACUGCAGAUGCACACUCAUUAUUUCAUGAUACUAUGGGGGAGGAUGUACAAAGUAGCGAAGUAAUCCCUAGUGAAACUGAUGAUAAGUUUUAUGAGGCACCUGAGACAUUGACAGAUGCUGCUGAUUAUCUUCUGCAAUCACCAGUAGGAACACCCGCGUACGCAUCAAGUUCCCAUCAGGAAACUAAAUAUAAUUAUUCAUCAUUGGAACCCCCAAAGUUUAGUCGCAUUACUGGACUUCUACCAUGUGAUGCUCCUGCUGGUACUAUGGAAGUUGAACUUAGUGAAACACUGGAGAGUUUUGUAAAAGCACAAAUUGUUAUUUAUGACCAGAACUCUACUCGGUAUAAUAGUGUAGAUAAGCAGGUGAUAGUGACUUUGGCUACCUUGACAUUUUUUUGUCGUAGACCGACGAUCCUUGCAAUUAUGGAGUUUGUUAAUUCUAUAAACAUCGAGGAUGAGAACCUUGCAACAUCAAGUGACAGCUUGUCACCAACCAUUGUAAAAAAUGAUGUGUCAAGAGAUGCAGAUGAUCUACAUGACACUGCUGUUGAGGAACAUGCUGUUAAGGGCUUGCUUGGAAAAGGGAAAUCUAGAAUUAUGUUCAAUCUGACAUUAAAGAUGGCCCAAGCACAAAUCUUUUUGAUGAAGGAAAAUGAAACUAAGCUUGCUUGCUUGUCACAAGAGAGUUUGCUUACAGACAUCAAGGUGUUCCCUUCCUCCUUUAGUAUUAAAGCAGCGUUGGGAAAUUUGAAAAUAAGUGAUGACAGCCUACCUAACAGUCAUUUAUAUUACUGGGCAUGUGAUAUGAGAAAUCCUGGGGGCAGAUCUUUUGUGGAGUUGGAGUUCAUGUCAUUCAGUGAAGAUGAUGAAGACUAUGAAGGUUAUGAUUUUAGCCUCUUUGGUGAGCUUUCUGAAGUGCGGAUUGUUUAUUUGAAUCGAUUUGUGCAAGAGGUUGUUGGCUAUUUUAUCGGUCUUGUUCCUAGUAGCCCAAAAAGUGUCGUCAAAGUAACAGAUCAAGUGACAAAUUCUGAGAAGUGGUUUUCAGCUGGUGAAAUUGAAGGAUCACCGGCCGUGAAAUUUGAUCUUUCUCUCAAGAAACCCAUAAUUUUAAUGCCUCGGAGAACAGACAGCCUUGAUUUUCUGAGGCUUGAUAUCGUUCAUAUAACUCUGAAGAACUCUUUUCAGUGGAUUGGUGGAGGUAAAAGUGAAAUGAAUGCAGUGCACUUGGAAACUUUGACGGUCCAGGUUGAAGAUAUCAACUUAAAUGUUGGAACUGGAACUGAGAUAGGUGAAAGCACAAUUCAGGAUGUGAAUGGUCUAUCUGUGAUUAUUCAUAGGUCACUCCGAGAUUUACUGCACAAAUUUCCGAGUACUGAAGUUAUAAUCAAGAUUGAAGAGUUGAAAGCAGCAGUAUCAAAUAAGGAAUACCUGAUUAUUACUGAGUGCGCAGUAUCUAAUUUUUCUGAGGAUGCACAUAUUCCUCCAGCUCUGAAUCAAGAUUCCUCCAUGACAUCAAAUGACGCCACAGGUGAUAUUGUCCCUGAGGCUACAAAUGGUGUUAAUUCGAGGGCUAUGAAUCUUGAAGCCUCUAUUUUGCUGAAAGUGUCUGUGUCCGUAGACCUUGUUGAAUUGAGCUUGUAUACGGGGGUAACCAGAGAUGCAUCUCUGGCCACUGUACAGGUUAGUGGUGCAUGGCUUCUGUAUAAAUCUAGUACAGAUGGAAAAGGAUUCCUCUCUGCAACUCUCCAAGGUUUCAGUGUGUUUGAUGAUCGUGAGGGUGUUGAAAAAGAAUUCCGGUUAGCAAUAGGAAAGCCUGAAAAUGUUGGAGCCAGUCGUCUAAAUGCUUUUUCUCAUCAGCAAAACCAGGACUCAGUGAAUAGUAGCAUAGUCAAAGAGAAUGGUUUCCCAGUUCCAACUAUGCUAAUUGUUGAUGUAAAAUUUGCUCAGGAUUCAACUUUUGUUUCUUUGUGCAUACAGAGGCCUCAGUUGCUGGUUGCACUAGAUUUUCUUCUUGCUGUAGUUGAGUUCUUUGUUCCAACAGUCGGCAGUAUGCUGUCAUAUGAAGAACACAAUAUGUCUCACAUGCUGGAAGCUGUCAUUAUGGAUCAAUCAAUCUACAUACAACCAUGUCCUGAAUUCUCCAUCUCACCUCAAAAGCCUUUAAUAGUUGACAAUGAAACUUUUGAUCAUUUCAUUUAUGAUGGCCAUGGUGGAACCUUGUAUCUAAAAGAUGGACAGGGAUUUAAUCUCACAGAAGCUAGCUCAGAGGCUUUAAUAUAUGUUGGAAGUGGGAAGAAGUUGCAAUUCAAAAAUGUUGUUAUUAAGGGUGGACAGUACUUGGAUUCUUGUGUUCUUCUUGGAGCAAAUAGUAGCUACUCAGUUUCAAAAGAAGACAAUGUCUACUUGGAAGAUUUUGAAGAAAGUCCUUCUGAAAGGUCUUUGAGAGGGAACAUUCUUGAUGAACCGUAUCAAAGCAAUGCAGUUAACAACUCCACAGAAUUGAUCAUUGAGCUUCAGGCUGUUGGUCCAGAGCUUACCUUCUAUAAUACAUCAAAAGAUGUAGGUGAAUUAUUAAACCUGUCAAACAAACUCCUACUUGCACAGUUGGAUGCAUUUUGCAGGAUUGUUUUGAAGGGUAGCAAUACUGAGAUGAGUGCAGACAUUCUUGGUUUGACUAUGGAGAGUAAUGGGAUCAGGAUUUUGGAGCCAUUUGACACAUCCUUGAAGUAUUCAAAUGCUUGUGGGAAUACCAAUAUACACUUGUCCGUUUCAGAUAUUUUCAUGAAUUUCACUUUCAGUAUCUUGAGACUAUUUCUGGCUGUGGAGGAUGAUAUAUUGGCAUUUUUAAGGAUGACAUCAAAGAAAAUGACAAUGGUUUGCUCACACUUUGACAAAGUUGGAACUAUAGAAAAUUCUCGUACUGAUCAAACUUACGCUGUUUGGAGGCCUCAUGCACCUCCUGGUUUUGCCGUACUUGGUGACUACCUGACACCACUAGACAAACCACCAACAAAAGGAGUUCUUGCAAUAAAUACCAAUUCAAUCACGGUUAAAAAACCUGUUAGUUUCAGAUUGAUUUGGCCACCUUUACUUUCUACUGGAGGUGCCGAAAUAGGCAGUUCUAAUUUGUCAUGGGAAACUGAGGAGAGUUGUUACUGUUCUAUUUGGUUCCCUGAAGCUCCCAAAGGUUAUGUUGCACUAGGUUGUGUGGUUACUCGUGGAAGCAAACCACCUCCUUUAUCUUCUGCUUUCUGCAUCCCGUCUUCUUUAGUCUCUCCUUGUCCAUUGAGAGAUUGUAUUGCAAUCAGCACCACUGAUAUGUUUUCAUCCAGUGUGGCAUUCUGGCGGGUAGAUAAUUCUGUUGGCACUUUCUUGCCGGCGGAUCCUGUUACUCUUAAUUUGAUAGGUAAAGCAUAUGAGUUGCGUUGGGUUAAAUAUGAUUUUCUGAAGCCAUCUCUAGCGGCAUCAAGUAGUAUGGAUUCUCGUACUUCUUCUGGUAGGCAUCAAACCUCACAGCUUGAGCAGUCUUCUGAAGGAAAUUCUAAUAGGCGUUUUGAGCCUGUUGCUAGCUUUCAGUUAAUUUGGUGGAAUCAGGGAUCACACUCAAGAAAGAGGGUAUCGAUAUGGCGUCCAGUUGUUCCUACUGGAAUGGUGUAUUUUGGUGAUAUAGCUGUUAGAGGGUUUGAGCCUCCAAACAACUGUAUUGUUUUUCAUGAAUCUAGUGAUGAAAAUAUUUAUAGAAACCCCAUAGAUUUCCAACUUGUUGGACAAGUAAAAAAGCAGAGGGGAAUAGAGAGUAUAUCAUUUUGGCUUCCACAAGCGCCUCCUGGUUUUGUUUCCUUGGGUUGUGUUGCAUGCAAAGGAAAACCAAAGCAGAAUGAAUUAAGCACACUAAGAUGCAUGCGCAGUGAUUUGGUUACAGGAGAUACUUUCUUGGAGGAAAGUGUAUGGGAUACAUCCGAUGUCAGGCAUGCAAGAGAACCAUUUAGUAUAUGGGCUGUGGGGAAUGAGUUGGGGACUUUUAUUGUCCGCAGUGGCUUCAAAAGACCCCCAAGAAGAUUUGCUUUGAAGCUAGCUGAUUCUAGUGUGCCAAGUGGCUCAGAUGUUACAGUCAUUGAUGCUGAAAUUGGAACCUUCUCAACAGCACUUUUUGAUGACUAUGGUGGAUUGAUGGUUCCUUUGUUCAAUAUAUCUUUGAGUGGCAUAACAUUUAGUUUGCAUGGAAGAACCGAGUAUCUGAAUUGCACUGUCAGUUUCUCCUUGGCUUCCAGGUCAUAUAAUGAUAAGUAUGAAGCUUGGGAGCCACUUGUUGAGCCAGUCGAUGGAUUUUUAAGGUACCAAUAUGACAUCAAUGCUCCGGGUGCGGCAUCUCAGUUACGUUUAACAUCAACUCGAGAUCUGAAUUUAAAUGUUUCAGUUUCUAAUGCUAAUAUGAUCAUUCAAGCUUAUGCUAGCUGGAACAACCUUAGCCAUGCUCAUGAAAGUUACAAAAAUAGAGAUGCAUUUUCUCCAACUUCUGUUGGAAGCUCUAUCAUUGACACACUCCAUAGGAGAAAUUAUUAUAUAAUCCCACAAAACAAACUUGGGCAGGAUAUUUUUAUCCGUGCUACUGAAGCUAGGGGUCUUCAAAAUAUAAUUAGGAUGCCAUCUGGGGAUAUGAAAGCUGUUAAAGUUCCUGUGUCGAAAAAUAUGUUAGACUCUCACUUGAACGGGCAACUCUGCAGAAAGAUUAGAACAAUGGUGACUAUCAUUAUAACAGCAGCACAGUUUUCUAGAGUGGAAGGUUCAGAUUCCCAGCAAUAUACAGUGGCUGUCCGCCUAUCUCCUAACCAGAGCCUCCCCCCUGAUGCUUUAGUUCAUCAACAGAGUGCACGCACAUGUGGAAGAAGGGCUCAUCAUUUAUCAGAUUCAAAUCUGGAGUUUGUCAAGUGGAAUGAGAUAUUUUUCUUCAAAGUUGAUUCUCUGGAUUACUACUGUCUGGAAUUAAUUGUUACAGAUAUGAGCAAAGGUGUUCCUGUUGGAUUUUUUUCGGCUUCCUUGAAUGAGAUAGCAAAAACUAUUGAGGACUUCUCAUAUGUCCAUAAUUUUGCCAAAUUUCAGGAUAAUCAUUAUGAGAAGUCUGUACGAAAAUUACAAUGUGGCAUACUAGUGCACAACUCUGAUGUUGAGCAUGCUAAUCAGCCCAAUAAUUAUGAUGGCCGUAAAUCUGGAUUUAUUCAAAUUAGUCCUAGCAAGGAAGGUCCUUGGACUACUGUGAGGCUAAACUAUGCUGCACCUGCCGCUUGUUGGCGGUUAGGUAAUGAUGUUGUUGCCAGUGAAGUUAGUGUGAAGGAUGGUAACAGAUAUGUGAAUAUCCGGUCUCUUGUUUCUGUUCGUAACAACACAAAUUUUAUUCUUGAAUUAUGCCUUGCACCAAAAUCUUCAACAGAAAAGGUGAAUUUGCUGAAAGAUACAAAUAACUCUGAACCUAUCGUACCAGAGAAAAACAGAGUUCAUACAGAUGAGUUUUAUGAGACUGAAAAGUUUACUCCAGACGUUGGUUGGGUUCAUUGCUCAGGUUCUCCAGGGCAGCAUAUGUCAGAAGUGGGAAAAUCCCAACAGGUUUUUACUGGAAUUGAUCUACCACAAGGCUGGGAAUGGAUUGAUGAUUGGCAUUUGGAUACAAAAACUACUAGUACUUCUGAUUGCUGGAUUUAUGCCCCUGAUGUGGAAAAAUUGAGAUGGCCUGAAUCCUUUGAUCCAAAUGAUUCCCACAAUGCUGCGAGGCAGAGGAGAUGGCUAAGAAGCAGGAAGCUAAUAGCAGAUUAUUGUGUGCAGGAAAUUUCUGUUGGGUUACUGCAACCCGGAGAAACUCUUCCACUUCCUCUAUCUGGCUUGACACAAUCUGUACAAUAUUUCUUGAAGUUAAGACCUUUCACUUCGACGAAUCCCAGUGAAUACAAUUGGAGUUCUGUAGUCAACAAACCUGGUCAACCACAGGAUGCUGGUCAGCAGGGGCAAUGCUCAAGGUUGUGUGUUUCGGCUCUUUCAGAGUCGGAAGAACUAUUGUGCUGCAGUGAGAUGCAUGGAACUUCAGAUGGCUCCCACAAGUUGUGGUUCUGUGUAAGCAUACAAGCAACUGAGAUUGCAAAGGAUAUGCAUUCAGAUGCUAUUCAGGAUUGGUGCUUGGUAGUCAAAUCUCCACUACUAAUCAGCAAUUUUCUUCCCCUUGCUGCUGAAUAUUCUGUUCUUGAAAUGCAACCAAGUGGCCACUUUCUUCCAUGCUCGAGAGGAGUAUUUUCCUCAGGAAAAACUGUGCAUAUAUACGCUGCUGAUAUUAGGAACCCUUUGUUUUUAUCAUUGCUUCCUCAGAGGGGUUGGCUCCCUAUACAUGAAGCUGUUCUUAUAUCUCACCCUCAUGGGAUUCCAUCAAAAACAGUUAGUUUGAGAAGCUCAAUAUCUGGAAGGGUUAUCCAAAUCAUUCUGGAACAGAAUUAUGAAAUUGAACGCCCCUUGUUGGCUAAAACAAUUAGAGUCUAUGCUCCUUAUUGGUUGGGAGUAGCAAGAUGUCCUCCACUCACAUUUAGGAUUCUGGUCGUGUCGGGAAAAAGACAUAUGGCAAAGAUUACAUCUCAGUUUGAGAUUAACAAGAAAAAUGCAUCGAUACUUGAAGAAAUAACUGAAGAGGAAAUAUAUGAUGGCUACACAAUUGCAUCUGCUCUUAACUUUAAUGUGUUGGCUAUCUCAGUUGCUAUUGCUCACUCAGGAAAUGAACAUUUUGGACCUGUUAAAGAUCUUUCUCCUCUUGGAGAUAUGGAUGGCUCAUUGGAUGUAUAUGCAUACGAUGCUGAUGGCAAUUGUUUGCGGCUUUUUGUUUCUACGAAACCAUGUCCCUAUCAAUCUGUUCCGACAAAGGUAAUAUCUGUCCGGCCAUUUAUGACUUUCACAAACAGGCUUGGACGAGAUAUAUACAUCAAGCUGAGCACUGAAGAUGAACCAAAGGUCCUGCAUGCAUCUGACUCAAGGGUAUCUUUUGUGUGUCGGGGAAAUGGACCUGAAAAACUCCAGGUGAAACUAGAAGACACUGAUUGGUCAUUCCCUCUCCAAAUUUCAAGAGAAGACACACUUUCUCUAGUUUUAAGAACACACGGUGGUACUCUUAAAUUUUUGAGAACUGAAAUUCGAGGCUAUGAGGAAGGAUCCCGUUUUGUUGUGGUAUUCCGCCUCGGAUCAACUGACGGUCCCAUCAGAAUUGAGAAUAGAACAACAGACAAGCCACUUAGCAUUCGACAGUCAGGAUUUGGGGAAGACGCCUGGAUUCAUUUGCAACCACAUUCAACAAUAAAUUUUUCUUGGGAAGAUCCAUAUGGCGACCUCUUUUUGGAUGCUAAGCUUAGUUAUGUUGAUAGUAGUCCAUUAUGGAAAGUUGAUUUCGGAAGGACCGAAUUAUCUUCUGCAGAGCUUGGGUUGCAAUUUGAUAUCAUUGAUGGGGGAGAUAUAAUAACUGCCAGGUUCAGAGAUGAUAGCAUCCUGAAGUCAAGUUCACAUGAAGAUAUAAGAGGUUCAAUGGCUGGUGGAAAUAGGGGGGUUUCUGGGGUUCAGGCCGAUAUGCAGAACAGUGCUAUACCUUUUGAGAUUUUAAUCGAAUUGGGAGUGGUUGGAAUUUCUAUGAUAGACCAUAGACCAAAGGAGCUCUCUUACCUAUACUUGGAAAGGGUCGUCUUAUCAUAUUCAACUGGAUAUGAUGGUGGAAGAACAAGCAGGUUCAAGCUAAUUUUUGGUUAUUUGCAACUCGAUAAUCAGCUUCCUUUAACAUUAAUGCCUGUGCUCUUGGCACCAGAGCAAUCCCCUGAUGUGCAACACCCAGUGUUCAAGAUGACAAUUACUAUGCAGAAUGAGAAUAAAGAUGGUAUUCAAGUUUACCCAUAUGUUUACAUACGGGUAACUGAGAAAUGCUGGAGGCUUGAUAUUCAUGAACCUAUUAUCUGGGCUAUUGUGGACUUCUACAAUAAUUUGCAGCUGGAUCGAUUACCUAAAAGUUCAACUGUCACAGAAGUUGAUCCAGAGAUACGUUUUGACCUAAUUGACGUUUCAGAAGUAAGGUUGAAGUUGUCCUUGGAGACUGCACCAGGACAACGACCUCAUGGUGUCUUGGGCAUAUGGAGUCCUAUACUUUCAGCUGUUGGUAACGCUUUCAAGAUCCAGGUGCAUCUGAGGAGGGUGAUGCACAGAGACAGAUUCAUGAGGAAGAGUUCCAUUGUUCCCGCCAUUGGAAACCGUGUUUGGAGAGAUUUGAUUCAUAAUCCUUUACAUUUAAUAUUUUCUGUUGACGUGCUUGGUAUGACAAGUUCAACGUUGGCUUCUCUUAGUAGAGGGUUUGCUGAGCUUUCCACAGAUGGACAGUUUCUGCAAUUACGGGCAAAGCAGGUUAGAUCAAGGAGAAUCACUGGGGUUGGCGAUGGGAUUCUUCAAGGAACAGAAGCUCUUGCCCAAGGUGUUGCCUUUGGGGUCUCUGGUGUAGUGAGAAAGCCUGUGGAGAGUGCCCGACAAAAUGGUCUCAUAGGAUUGGCUCAUGGGCUUGGGCGUGCCUUUUUAGGUUUUAUUGUGCAGCCAGUAAGUGGGGCACUAGAUUUUUUCUCAUUGACUGUUGAUGGAAUUGGUGCAAGUUGUUCCAAAUGCUUGGAGGUUUUCAACAACAAGACCACCUUCCACAGAAUUAGAAAUCCUCGGGCUAUACGUGCAAACGGAGUACUUACAGAAUAUUGUGAGAAAGAAGCUACUGGGCAGAUGGUGCUUUACCUUGGAGAGGCAAGUCGGCACUUUGGCUGUACUGAGAUUUUCAAGGAACCUUCAAAAUUUGCAUUGUCUGAUUAUUAUGAAGAACAUUUUAUUGUUCCCCACCAGAGAAUUGUUUUAGUUACCAAUAAACGAGUCAUUCUGCUGCAGUGUCUUGCUCCUGACAAGAUGGACAAAAGACCAUGUAAGAUCAUGUUUGAUGUGCCUUGGGAUGAGUUGAUGGCACUGGAAUUGGCAAAAGCUGGUAGCAGCCAACCUUCUCACUUAAUCCUACACCUGAGACACUUCCGGAGAUCUGAAAAGUUUGCUCGAGUGAUAAAAUGUAAUAGUGUGGAAGAAUUUGAAGGAAUAGAACCCCAAGCUGUUAAAAUAUGUUCAGUGGUGCGUAGAACAUGGAAGGCAUAUCAAGCUGAUAUGAAGAGCUUGGUUCUGAAAGUUCCUUCAAGCCAAAGGCAUGUACAUUUUGCCUGGAGUGAAGUGGAUAAUAGAGAACCUCGUACAUCUAACAAAGGCAUUAUUAGUUCAAGAGAUAUUUCAUCACAUAAUGCAACAUCUGAUGAUAGACGGUUUGUUAAACACAGCAUUACUUUUACAAAAAUCUGGAGCAGUGAACAGGAAUACAAAACCCGUUGCUCGUUAUGCAGAAAACAGGUCUCAGAAGAUGGUGGAAUAUGUAGCAUUUGGAGGCCUGUGUGUCCUGACGGAUACACAUAUAUUGGGGAUAUAGCUCGUGGUGGCAUCCAUCCUCCAAAUGUAGCUGCCAUUUACCGCAAGGUUGAUGGACAUUUUGCUCUCCCGAUGGGGUAUGACCUGGUGUGGCGAAACUGUUCAGAGGAUUAUGUCAGUCCAGUAUCAAUUUGGCACCCAAGGGCUCCAGAUGGGUUUGUUUCUCCAGGAUGUGUUGCUGUUGCUGCUCAUAUGGAACCAGAGCCUGAUCUUGUAUACUGUGUUGCCGAGUCAUUAGUGGAGGAAACAGAAUUUGAAGAGCAGAAGGUUUGGUCUGCACCUGAAUCGUAUCCAUGGGGCUGUCACAUUUAUCAGGCACAGAGUGAUGCAUUGCAUUUUGUUGCUCUAAGACAAAUCAAGGAAGAAUCCAACUGGAAGCCCAUGAGGGUCCGCGAUGACCCUCAUUGUCCGUUGCAAUCAUCAUAAACAAUUUUUUUGGGUUAAGGUUCUUUCUUGGAUUGCCCCUUUCUAAAGAAUACAGUAUUGUAAGUUGGACGAUCGUGGCUGUGUUACUUGUAUGGUAGCAACUAGGUAGUGCUUUACUUGUAAAUAUGCGGGAGCGCAAAUGCAAUUGCCCUUCUUUGCUAAGGACUCGAGAGCAUCGCUAUAUUGCAAAGACGCCUUUGGUGGUUUAUAUUUCAAGUUUUCAACACAGAUAUUUCAUAUUUGAUUGUGGCGUCCACCAGUUAGUUAUACGGUUUACACACUACACUCGAAAAAGGGCUAGCUCGUGGGGUAUGCUCUAGAGAUUCAUUGCUUGGUGACGCGGUUUGAACAUACAUGUGAGCUGUUGAUAGAUUGUCUUUUAUCUAUAGGAUCAGUUGUAAAUGCGCAUAUCAAAAUCUGUGUAUAGUGUUUUCUUGGCUGAUUUCAUUUUCAGAAUUGUAAUGUACGAUAGCAUUUUCAUUUUAUAUAAGUCAAUAUCUGUACGGUGCUUAUGUAGUC